AUAAAAAAGGGGUCGUCCCCGUCGUCGCCUCCUCCUCCCCCGCCACCGAUACGACGAAGGGGGGAAGAUGAUGACGACGAAGAGCUCGAUGGGGGCCAUGGAAGGGGCGGUGCUCGACGACGUGAUACACCGGCUGCUGGAGGGCAGGCGGAGCGGCCGCCAGGUCCAGCUGUCGGAGGCGGAGAUCCGUCAACUCUGCCUCGAGGCCAAGAACGUCUUCCUCGCCCAGCCCAACCUCCUCGACCUCCACCCCCCCAUCAAGAUCUGCGGUGAUAUUCAUGGACAAUAUCUCGACCUUCUCAAGCUGUUUGAAAUAGGUGGCUUCCCUCCUAAUUCGACUUAUUUAUUUCUCGGAGACUAUGUGGAUAGGGGCAAACAAAGCUUGGAGACAAUAUGUUUGCUCUUGGCAUAUAAAGUCAAAUACCCUGAUAAAUUCUUUCUUCUACGUGGCAAUCAUGAAGAUGCAAAAAUAAACAGAGUCUAUGGAUUUUACGACGAAUGUAAAAGGAGAUUCAAUGUUCGACUAUGGAAGACAUUCUGUGAUUGCUUUAAUUGCUUACCCAUGGCAGCACUGAUUGAUAAAAAGGUAUUAUGCAUGCACGGGGGCCUUUCACCGGAGCUAAAUAGCUUGGAUCAAAUUAGAGAAAUCUCAAGGCCCAUUGAAAUCCCAGACUAUGGCCUUCUCUGUGAUCUACUGUGGUCUGAUCCUGAUCCUAAGAAUCAAGGAUGGGGCGAAAGCAAUCGCGGGGUUUCAGUUACCUUUGGCGCUGAUAAACUUGCAGAGUUCUUGGAAAAGCAUGAUCUUGAUCUAGUAUGCCGCGGUCAUCAAGUAGUUGAGGAUGGAUACGAGUUUUUCGGAGAACGAAAAUUAGUUACUCUAUUUUCAGCGCCAAACUACUGCGGGGAGUUCGAUAAUGCAGGUGCAUUGUUGAGCAUAGAUGAAAGCCUGUGCUGUUCAUUUGAGAUAUUGAAACCUCAUGAUCCCAUAUCUACUCCAGGCAGCUCCAACACAACAAAAGCAGCUCCUAAGAAGGGCUUGUCUAAAGAUUAAGGUCUUACAAUCCCUUCAACAGCCAACAAUCCUAAGGGUCAGAAGAGCCAAUCCCUUCAACAGCCUAUCCUAAGGGUUAGAAGAGCCAAGCUUGUCCAACGCGCGCUGGCAAACAACUGUAAAUUUACACUAAAGCUUUGUUCUUUGUACAGCAAUCCGUAAUUGUUCUUCCAUGUCGUCUUCUUCUUCACCCAUGUAGGUGGCUGGAUUUUGUACCUAAUACUUGCAAGAGAAUCUCUUCAGACGCUGCCAGUGUUCUGGGUAUCGUUCCAUACA